AUGGGAAUAUGCGUUCACACUAACAAGCAGGCAGUUGAACAUAGCAAUAUCAGCAUCCCCAUCUUCGGCAGAGAUUAUGCUCGGUCACCCCGGCGUCUGCAGGAGCUCGCGCACAUGUGGAAAUCCAGAGCAUUCAUCAUUCCACUCUUUUAUCACGUCCAGCCAUUCCAGGUUCGAAUAGCAGAGAGUGACAGCCAAGAAAGCAGCUAUGAAGAAGUAUUGAGCGAACACUACUCUACAGGCCAAUAUCCGUCAGAAACCAUGGAGGAGUGGAAACAGGCGUUGUGUCAUGUUUCCAGUCUUCCCGGGUGGACGUUGGACUCCACAUCCUGCUUUGAAGGAGACCUGGUGAAACGCAUAGUCUGUGAUGUUACCAACACACUGGAUAAAAUCCCCUUACACAACGUUGCAAAGCAUCCCGUCCAGCUUGACAAGAAGAUAAAAGAGGUCAUGAGCUUGCUGAAUCUACACAACCAGGCCGAUGUGGUCACAGUCGGCAUUUGGGGAAUGGGUGGCUGUGGCAAAACAACCAUUGCAAAGGCCGUGUACAACAAUAUCUUUCGAUGUUUCGAUUCUUGCUCUUUUCUCUCCGACGUUGGGAAAAUGUCCCACAAGCAAAUUCGAGAGCAGAUCAUCAGAGACACAAAUAUGACAUGUGCACAGUUUUCGGCAUCAAAGCGAGCCCUGGUGGUUUUAGAUAAUAUUGAUGAUAGCAAGCAGAUGGAGUUGCUGACGUGCAAAAAUUGGGGCGGUCGAGGAAGCAGAAUGAUCGUAACAACGCGCGAUAAGCACGUAUUAAACCUGGCACAGAUAGACAUGGUUUACAAGAUGGAAGGACUGGAGUUUGAGGAAGCUCUGCGUUUGUUCUCUUGGCAUGCAUUUUUGAAGCCCGGGCCGGAUAAAAUAUAUAGAAAAGAGUCGAAAAGGAUUGUGAAGGCCUGUUGCGGUCUGCCCCUGGCAGUUGAAGCUGCGGGAGAUCUUUUGCACGACAAAAAGGAGUCUCUUGAAUACUGGAGAGAAGCUUUGAGAACCCCGCAGAGCAUCUGUCAUCAAAAAAUUUACGACGUGCUCAAGAUUAGUUAUGAUAAUCUCACUAAUCAGGAGAAAAAGAUAUUUGUGGACAUCGCUUGCACUUUCAGUGGUAAAGAGGUAAUGCAGGGCAUCCGGUACUGGAAAAGAUUUAACUGGGAUGCGCAUACAGCUGUCACAAAUCUUGUGCUUAAAUCGCUUAUACAGAUAGGCGAUGAUGAUGUAUUUAUGAUGCACGGACUUCUUAGAGAUAUGGGAAAGGCGAUUAGAAAAGAAGAUAAUCCCUCACCUUUCUCUUUCAUCUGUCUCCCUGUGUCGGUCCCUCGGUUCAAAUUGUACAUGAAAUUUUGUACUAAUAAAAGAUCAGAGACGACUAUGGUUGAAAGCACACGUCCAGCUGGAAGUAAUGUGCAGGAAGCGAUACCUGUACUGGAUGCUGAUUCAGAACUUCAAACUUCGGUUUGA